UGCAUCCGAAACGCCGCGGUUUGUUUUCAUCCCUCGGAAGACUGUUGAUGGGAUCCCACCAUCGGAAGGAACUAUCUGAAACGAGGGAGGAUAUCAAGGUCGGGAGGAACAUCGGCGGAGAGAACGAGGCCGCAUGUCUGUGUCGGAGAAGAUGUGUCUGGGCCAAAGGGGUCGCCAUUCAAAUCGCCAUUCGAUAAUCCACCCAGGGUUCGAUUGGGAGACGAUGGGUUCCACCACAGUGACCUGUCGGAGACGGUGGAAUCUCUCAAAGGAAGAGAAGAAAAUCAAGGGCGAAACGAACAUAUGGUGAUGGCGGCAGAGGGGGUGAUGACUGUGUCGGAGAAGAUGCAAUCCUGGGGCUGUCAGAAAAUCAAGUUUGUGAUGAAGAUGCAAUCUGACGCUUCGUAGUUACGAGCUCCAGGUUGUGACGAAGAUGAGGGGAAGAGCGCGGUGAGGCUCGCUUGAAUGCCUAGUUGUGGAGACAAGGGAUACCCAAGACCAAGCGGAGCUGGCAUCCAUGGCUGGUGAGUCUUUUUUGAAGGUUUGCACGUUAGGGUUUGCAUCGCAGUUGGCCCCUACCUCAAGAGUGGCGUGCGCUUUAGAUUUUUUUUCAUAUCCUCUGGGGUUCUCCUCUCUCCGGGCCGUUUCUCUUGUGGUGCGAGCGCCGAUUUGGUGGAAUUUGAGUUUAGAAGGAGAGUGAAGCAAGGAUGACGGGGAAGGCGAAGCCGAAGAAACACACGGCCAAGGAGAUUCAAGCCAAGAUUGAUGCAGCGACGACAAACCGCGGCGGAGGCAAGGCGGGAGUAGUGGACCGGAAGGGGCUUGAUAAGGGCGGGCACGCGAAGUUGGCUUGUCCCGUGUGCAAGGCGACGGCACCCGACAUGAAGAGCAUGCAAAUCCACCACGACGCCAAGCAUCCCAAGCUGCCUUGGGAAGAGGACAAGCUGAUCAACUUGCACGCGUCGACGUCGGUUGCAGCGGAGGAGAAGCCCAAGCCCGGCGUGCGCGGAAGCUUGAAGAAGUGAGACUGUUGCCAAGGUGCAUGCGAUGUAACGGAAUUGUAGGACUGGUAUUGUGUUACGAACAUGUAUGACGAGGCAUAGUAUUGGAGAGGAAAGCAAUGGCAGUAACCUCGUAAUGCUAAUCUGGCGGUCCAGUGUUGAGACUAGGGUUUGGCCUGCGUCGCUUCAGUUGUGACGCUCCGCCAAUGCUUCUCAUAAAAUACGCGAUCGAUGCUCUAGAGAAGCCACGAGCAAUCUACGCAGCCCCUAGGAGUUAAGCACCCUUGCAAUUUAGAACAUGUGUGCAGUUUGCGGCGAUGCGCCUUUGUGCUAUUUAUGAAUGAAUUACCAAGCAAGGGAUUUGCGGGUGGCGAUGCUUUACAGCUAUUUUUCUUGUGUAUUAAGCGGCACGGUAGUGUCGGUUGUAGCAUAGAGUGAUUUCCUCUGCUGUUGAGCUCUACAUCAUGAAGUUUGUCGUGGUGAUCUGCAUUGCCUUCUGCAACUGUUGUGGGAGAGAAGGCGGUAGUUUCAUUACAAAUCACUAUGUAUGCAUGCUUCUACAAUCGUGAAAUGAAGUAGCCUUUUAUCUU